AUGAAGACUCGUAAAUUGAGGAAAAUUAGUCAACAGAAACCUCGGCUGCGGCUAGUUCUCUCCAGCUACUGUGUUCCCACAUUCAGAAGGCCGAUGUGGACAAUCCUCCCCCUUUUCCUCCUGGUCGCGGUUGUCUGCGGAGCUCCCCAAGGUUAUUCAUAUUCCAGCCCUGGACAUCCUCCUGGGCGACCAACGUUUGGGCAAGGGUCAGGCCAGUAUCCGCACAGACCUUCUAACAGCUUCGGCAGCGGGGGGUACGACGACAACGAAUAUUCUGAGCCAGCUAACUACCAGUUCCAGUACGACGUGUCGGCCCCCGAGUACGGGACUAGGUUCGGACACCAGGAGUCCAGGACUGGAGACUCCACCAGAGGGAGGUACUACGUGGACCUACCUGAUGGGAGGACUCAGGUGGUGGACUACACCGCGGACCAGACUGGAUACCAUCCCAGGAUAUCCUACAACUAG